UAGAGGUGGAAUUAGUUUUUUUCUUUGGUCCUUCUCAUAUUCUUGCUUGUGUCUUUCUUCCUCGUGAACUUCCUUGUGCUCCUCCUCUCUGCCUUCCUCUCUGCCUUCCUCUCUGUCUUUCUCGUGGCUGUUCCUGA